UCCCACGGGCGCUCGCCUCAUCCCACGUUUCAGAGAGCAGAGAAGAGAGGUGCGAGUCAGCCAGUCAGCUCUCUAACCGCACAGAGUUCACACAGAGAGGAGCUUCGGAGUUGCUUUGCGGUUACAGACAGCCGCACAGUUCUGUGCAGGAUUGCAGAGUUUCACCUGCCCGAGAUCACGGGACGCUACGGUUCACCUGAGCGGCACCAAAACGUCGUUUGCAUGAAACUGAAGCCAGAUAAAAGCAGUGGAUGCAGCCACGCUCCAUUUAAAGGAGGGUGGAAGAUUGGGAGACGCGCUGACGAGAACCCGGUUACGAGUAAAAGUUCCAAGCCCAGCCUGAAACGCAUCAUGUCCCUCAGCACCUUCCACCUCAUGCAGACCCUGAAGAACUCGCCCGCCGAGCUGCGGCGCAGAUUCCGCCGCGACCAGACGGAGUCCUUGUCCCACGGCGACCCUCUGUUCAAAGUGCACUACCUGGGGACGGAGAAGAUCUUUUCUCUGGACCGGGAGCAAGCAGAGGAGGCCAUUUCUCACUUGCUGGAGGGUAUCGCGAACGGGAAGAAGCUCAGGAAGGACCACGCCCUUGUCGUGCGGCCCAGAUACGUCGAGGUCAAAGAGCUGAGCACGGGUCGGCAGCUCACGAAGACCUACCUGCAGGACAUUGCGUACUGCGCCGCCGACACCAACCGGCCCAACGUCUUCUUGUACAUCUGCAAGCACCGGGGUCAGCAGCUGCAGUGUCGGGUGUUCUGGUGCAGCCGUGCGGAGCGAGCGCGGGACAUGACCGCCUGUCUGGGACUCUCCUUCCAGCGGGCGAUGAGCGACUGGCAGCAGACCGGCGUGGCCACGAUGCCGUCGGGAGAGGUGAAAGGAAAACUUGCAGAGGACUCGUCCAAUUCUCAAGUCAAAGCAAAGAGCUCCACGCUGCCAGCCGGUUUGGGAAAAGUUCGCUGGAGGAAGAGAGGCUCUGUAUCCCGCAGCCCCAUGAGAACAAUCACCAGAAGAGGAUCGUCCUCCGACAGCUUGAACUGAAACCUGUUCUUUUUUUUUUUUUUUUUGUUGUGGUCAGAUGUGGGACCACUUUAUUGACAACCUCGCUGAAGGGAAGAGACUGAUUG